UUUUCUGUUGUUUCUUUCAAUAUUUCAUUUUUUUUGCUCUUGUUGUUGAUUCGACGAUUAAUUUUCAGUAUUUUUUUUAUCAUUUAACAAACACGGAACAUCACACAACAGAGACAGUGUAUAUAAUUAGUCCUGAUAACGUGGAAUAGAAAUUUUCAAUUUACAAUUUGUUAGAAUGUUAGAAUGUUCAGACUUUAAUUGCAAAUCUACCACCAACUGAAUGCGCGAAAGACUUAACAAUAACAAUGGACAUCGACGGAAACGAAGAUAUAGCAAAAAAACUCGAAAGAGUUUUAAAUGGUUUUCUCGUUCAAGGUUGUAAGCUCAUUGACGAUGUUUACUUAGAGAUGUUGAUUACACACUUGUCUCGCAAAACUGGCGAACGUUGCGUUGAUGUUUUCAAACAGUCGGCAUUUUUCCGAGAUUGGAUUGGAAAGGCCGCCACACAGAUCGAAAGCAACUCUCAAAAUAGCGCUCAGCUAUGCGCAUUUACGUUGCGUUUGAUGGCAAUUUUAUUUACCGACGAAUGGCUGUUUAUGAAUAUUAUCGAAACAGAUAUUUGUUUAAGAUUAAAGAACACAAUCUACAAUCACGCCGAAUUGCGUACACCAUCCGUAAAGUUGGCUCACGUGCUGCUGUUGAAGGCGAUUCUUCGUCAUUCAUUCGGAACAGUUUGGAUCAAGAAUCAUGAGUCCUGGAAACUCAUCAUUGAGUAUUGCAUGGAAAAUCAGACCAUAUAUGUUGUACGAGAAUCUCAAGAAUUCUUAAAUGACUUUUUGUUCAAAGUGGCAUCAGUUCUCCACAACGAUGCAUUAUGCAUUGAAAUCAUCACAGCAAUUACGGCACCGCUAACGAAAUCGGUUGUCAUCGAAAAUGCAAACGUUUGCGUCGAUGGUGACGAUUUGCAACGCACUGUUCGGCCAACACUUGACUUGAUUUGUCACAUUUUGGAUUUCCUUAUCAAGUCCGAUGUGAAGACAUGCAUAGCGCAUCACAUUUCGGUGACGUGUAAUGUCAAAACGAAUUGCUGGCGACUCACUGACAUGACCAAAAAUGAAAUGUUUUUCAAGAAAAUCAUGCACACCCAAGUUCACCUGGCCUUCGCUCAAUUGACCGACAAAUUGGUGGAAAAUGCCGCAACAUCCGUCGACUAUAAUGUGUUCGGACUGCACUUUUUCAACAUCAUGAAUUUUUGCAUCAUGUUCAAGAGUGCCGUUUCUGUGCUGUCGACAGCCAAACUUUACCACGUUCUUUGGAUAGCACUGGGGAAACGGGUGCCCGAAGAAAUACAACUCGAAAAUCAUAAAAUCAAAUUCGAAAAUCAGAUCAUCGUGUUGCAGCUGUUACCGAUACUGUCGGUGAUCCAGAAGAAAAUCCUUCUAACCGAACUAUUCGACGCAUACAUUAUGAAAUUGUUCGAUAUUUCCACGGAACAUACGAUGCGCGUUUGCUACUCGUUCCGUGAGCUGUUGUUGCGAAACAAAACAAUGGUUCCCGAAGUGGCAACCAAAUCCAUUCAGGGCAUUUUAUUGAUGACGAAGCAUUUGCAUAGGGACCGUGCUGUAUACGUGUUUCAAGCACUAACUUACACACUGAAAGACUUUUCCGUUGAACCAUUAACCGAUGACAAAAUUGAUAUGAGCGCCGACAAACUGAUUGAUAUGCCGAAUUUGCUGUCAGCAAUCCUAACCGGUCUGUACGAAAUGGUCAAGAAAUACCGGAUCACAUGGAAGGAGUCGCUAGAGUCAGUGUGCAUACUCAAUUUUAUGAUAUCGAUGCUGAACAAAACAAAUCUGCCGUCAAGAUUGGCAGUGCAGGCACUGAAACUAACCCAGUUAUCGAUUGAACACUUUUUGGCCCCAAAUUUGGCGUUGCUCGUAGAAGACUUACAUGGAUCGGGUAUGGAACGUCUCGGUCCGACAGUGGUGAAACGAUUGCAUGAUAUAAACUGGGAAGUUAGAGACAGCACGCUAGAACUUCUGACAGCUAUGUCUACGAUAGCAAUUUUCAAAUUUCCAGCAUUUCAACAACAUAUCGCUGAGAGUGAUAUAUGCCCGAUCGUCGUGACAUUAGCAAAGAACGAUUCCGAGUCGUAUGUACGAGCUUCAGCACUGAGUUGCCUCUGUCCCAUGGUCAGUAUUCAAAUGUUCUGGGAAUCACGCCUGUCAUCAUCGGAUUUAAUGACGCAUCUGUUGACCGUACUGCAAACGGAACCGGAGGGUAUCGUUCGAAAGGAAGCAGUGUGUCUGGUAACAUCAAUUUACGAACAUCACAACAUCAAUGCACAACAAUCGGACAUGCUGUUCUCAACACUUGCAUAUUGUGCCGUCAACGAUCUUCAUUGGGAGGUGAAGACCAGCGUAUUAGCAUUCUGGAAAAUCGUGAUAACGCGACAAUUCCAUCAACACGGUGUCAUCGAUGGAGGAUUUCCGGCCGUCAUAUUUUCGAAGCAGCACAAGAAAAUCAUUACACUCACGCAGAAGGAGAUUCUCAGCCGAUUGGACAGUAUACUGGGUGAACUGUCGGCUCUGGGUUGUCUGGGCAUACUGCUCGAAUGCUUGACAGAUGACUGUGAUCUCGAGGUGCUACGCAUUGCCAUUGCUAUUAUUAAGGACAUGAUGGCGUUCUUAAACAAAUACAAUUAUCUGGAACACAACACUUUAUCGGAAACGGUGACCACUGAGAAUGGACCAGCCACAAAUGUGAACUGCAUUGUCGAAUCGGAAACGGGUGAAUGCAUAGCUGAACCGUACCUGGAUGCAGAUUCGGUAAUCGAAUCGAUCAUAUCGGCAAAUGAUAUCAAUUUGCUGGCCACGGCCUACGAAAAUCAGCUCAAUUUCAAUGGGGAAAAUGUUGCUUUGAUUGAUGAACAGUAUUUCAAGCAAUUCAAUAAGGUAACGGCUCUCGAUUUCAUUCGACGGAUAUCGGCGGUGGAUUUGGAUGGACUGCACGAGAGACGAUUGAAGUGGAUCGAGAAAAAUGACAGUUUCAGUUCAUUGUUGGAUGACAUCGCUUUCUCGUUGAAAAUUGACAAUUUGAGUUCAGCCGAUUGUUAUUGAUCGA